AUGGAAAAUCAGGGCAUUUAUCAAGCUCAUGCUUAUGCUAUCACAGGUUCAGAAAUCAUAAAUGUUAAUUCCGUACUUACACAUCGUCUGAUACGAAUCCGUAAUCCACAUGGUAUUAAAGCAAGCGAGGCCUUGAUUGGCGCUAUUAAAUAUGAUCCAUCAAUUAAACACAGUUUGCUUGGAUUGAAAGUUGAUGAAGAAAGUUGGAUACUAUUGGAAGAUUAUGUAAAAUUUUUUGCCACCCUUGACAUUUGUAAUUUGACACCUAAUAAUAUAAAUCCUGAUGUUUUUACUGAUGAUCAUACAGCAAAACUAGCAUUAACAACUGUUGAGGGAAGAUGGAUGGGUGGAAUAUUUGAUGAUUAUGUUAGAAAUAAUGCAGAAAUUUUGGAUACUAAUCCUCAAUACCGUAUGACACUGAAACGGCAUCAUGAAGAUAACAAAACAUAUAGCAUUCUUAUUGGAUUAUCAUUGAAACACCGAGAGGAUUUAAAAUUAGUAACUGAUUCUAUUUUCAAUGAUGACAAAAAUUUGCCAAAACCAUUGAACAGUGGUUGCAAGAAGUGUAUGGAUGAGAUAAUGAGAUCAAAAAGAGGCCGAUUUAAUGGGGGUCAGGUUGGUUAUCGAUUAGAGUUACCACCUGGUGUAUAUUAUAUUUUACCACUUAUCAUGAAUACAAUAAAAAGAGCAACAUAUUUUCUACAAAUAUUAUCAGAGGAAAAAGAUAUUUUAGAGGUGUAUGAUCGUGAUGUUAACGUGCCUAAAAUGAAAGAUCAGUUUCAAAAAAUUUCCGAAACGGUAUCGAGCUGUAAAAAAAAUCGCAAAGUCUACAAAGAAUUUCAGAAUAGAUAUACAAAAACAGCUGAUUUUAAAGCGUUGUAUUUAAUUUUAAAAAAUCCAAAAGUAUCAACAAAUAGAUUAUGUAAACGUCCAAUACAACUUGAUGGACUAAGUCUAAAUUUACAAAAAUUAUUUUCAAGUGAAAAGUUUGGAAGUAGAAAACGAUUAUCUAUUGAAGCUAUUGAACAUAUAUUUUCGACUAGUGCAAACAUAUUCAUCAAGUAUGAUGUUAGUAAAAGUGGUUUUGUUCCAUACACACGAAUGAAGCGUAUGCUCGAUGAAUUUGGAUAUGAACUGCCAUAUACUAUCAUUGAAAUUUUGGUUGAUACAUAUAGAGAUGAGUCUCGUAUUUAUUAUGAUAAAUUUAUUCAGUGUUUUGUUCACAUGAGUCUUAUAUUUGGUAAAAUCGAAAAGAAAUUAUCUGAAAAUAAUGGACAAGAAUUCAAUGUUUGUUUUGAUGAUCUUCUUCAUAAAUUUUGGUUGAAAAUGGAAUCACGAAAAUUGUAUACAACAUUAAGUUUAGAAGAGGCGAUUGCUUCAUUAAGUGAUGAUAUUCAGAAACAGACAUUUCAAGCAAAGUCAACAUAUUAUCGUUCUAAUAUUUUUAUGUACUGA